CAGGGAAGCCAACCUGAGCAAACCGCAGCCGGAGGGAGUGUUCCCAAGGCCAAAAUGCUGAGAAAGCCCAAGCCCGAUCUGCGUGAUGGUCGCUGUUCCUGGGGCCCCAGGCUCUCUCCCGGCACUGUCUGUCUAUGUCUCACAUUUGUGGGCCAGAUGGGCUUGCUGCGGGGACACCCCCAGUGCCUGGAUUAUGGGCCUCCCUUUCGGCCUCCCCUGCACCUUGAGUUUUGCUCCGACUAUGAGUCCUUUGGCUGCUGUGACCAGCGCAAGGACAACCGCAUCGCCACUCGGUACUGGGACAUCAUGAACUAUUUCGAUCUGAAGGGCCAUAAGCUGUGCGGAGGUUACAUUAAAGACAUCCUUUGCCAGGAAUGUUCGCCCUAUGCAGCCCACCUCUACGAUGCCGAGAACCCUCACACACCCCUCCGGAACCUUCCUGGGCUCUGCUUUGACUACUGCUCGGCAUUCCAUUCUGACUGUCACUCUGCCAUCUCCCUCCUAACCAAUGACCGAGGUCUCCGAGAGUCCCACAAAAAGGAUGGUGCCCACUUCUGCCAACUCCUCAAUCUUCCGGACAAGGAUUACUGCUUCCCCAACGUCCUGAGGAAUGACCAUCUCAAUCGCAACCUGGGGGUGAUGGCCGAGGACCAUCAGGGCUGCCUGCAGCUCUGCCUGGCCGAGGUGGCCAAUGGGCUCAGGAACCCGGUCUCCAUGGUGCACGCCGGGGACGGCACCCAUCGCUUCUUUGUGGCCGAGCAGGUGGGAGUGGUGUGGGUGUAUCUGCCUGACGGGAGUCGCCUGGAGCAACCUUUCCUGGAUCUCAAGAGCAUCGUACUGACCACUCCAUGGAUCGGGGAUGAGAGGGGCUUCUUGGGAUUGGCUUUUCACCCCAAAUUCCGUCGCAACAGAAAGUUCUAUAUUUAUUAUUCAUGCCUGGGCAAGAAGAAGGUAGAAAAGAUCCGGAUUAGUGAGAUGAAGGUUUCUCAGGCUGAUCCCAAUAAAGCUGACCCCAAAUCGGAGAGGGUCAUCUUGGAGAUAGAAGAACCAGCCUCAAAUCAUAAUGGUGGACAACUUCUUUUUGGUCUGGAUGGCUACAUGUACAUAUUCACUGGGGAUGGAGGGCAGGCUGGGGAUCCCUUUGGCAAAUUUGGAAAUGCUCAGAACAAAAGUUCCCUGCUUGGGAAAGUGUUAAGGAUCGAUGUGAAUGGGGCAGGCUCUGACAGCAAGCGCUACCAAGUGCCCUUGGACAAUCCCUUUGUUUCUGAGCCAGGGGCCCACCCCGCCAUCUACGCCUAUGGGAUCAGAAACAUGUGGCGCUGUGCUGUGGACCGAGGGGACUCCAUUACACGCCAGGGUCGAGGCCGGAUGUUCUGUGGGGACGUGGGCCAGAACAGGUUUGAAGAAGUUGACCUCAUUGUUAAAGGCGGGAACUAUGGAUGGAGGGCAAAGGAAGGGUUUGAGUGUUACAACAAAAAUCUUUGUCACAAUGCCUCUUUGGAUGACAUUCUGCCAAUCUAUGCUUAUGGCCACGCAGUGGGGAAGUCAGUCACUGGGGGCUAUGUCUAUCGUGGAUGUGAAUCUCCAAAUCUCAAUGGCCUCUAUAUCUUUGGAGACUUCAUGAGUGGUCGACUUAUGGCUUUGCAGGAAGAUAGAAAAACCCAGAAAUGGAAGAAGAGAGACAUUUGCCUGGGGAGCACCUCGUCUUGUGCUUUCCCAGGGUUGAUCAGCACCUAUAGCAAGUUCAUCAUCUCCUUUGCUGAAGAUGAAGCAGGGGAGUUGUAUUUCCUGGCCACCUCUUACCCAAGUGCCUACGCGCCACAUGGAUCUAUUUACAAAUUUGUUGAUCCUUCAAGGCGAGCACCCCCAGGCAAGUGCAAAUAUAAGCCAUUGCCGGUGAAGAUCACCAGUAAGCGAAUCCAAUUCAGGCCACUUGCUGUGACAGUCUUGGACUUGCUAAAGGAGCAGUCGGAGAAAGCUGCUAGACAAUCAUCCAAUGCCACAUUAGCUUCUAGCUCACACCAGGCUUCAUCUCAGAGAGGCUUCUCCAAGAAGCCUGCUUCUCCCACAAGCAGUAAGAAGACGUCACGAAGGCCUGGUGCAAAGAAGAAAGCCAGAGUGUGGUCCCCAGGCCCCCAGGGGAAGAGGAAGAAGAACCCGCAAACCCACUGUGGUGGGAUAAAGCCAUCGGCAAAGCAGAGGCCAUCAGGCAGAAGUCUCCCUUGA